AUGGCGCUGGCGGGAUGGCGGUGCUUGGGCGUGUCGGGGUCCGGGGCUGCGCUCUCGCGGGCGAUGCACACCAAGGUGGAAACCAUGUAUGUUGGAGCGAAGCUGCCGAUCCUGUCGUCCGCUCCCAGUGAGACUGAGGCGGACCAACAGCAGCAACAGCAACAACAGCUAAAGGAGGGUGCCUCGACAAAGAUGCCUCCCGGACGAGUGGACCCUUUGGAGGGAAUGCCACUAGUUUGGCUCGCUGAGUACUUGGCAGACCGCUUGAUGCCUGCACUUCAAAAUGUUACAGCUGCGGAGAAGGCAAGGCAACGGAGAGAGCGAACCAAGCCUGUUCAGGUGUUUGAGCCACCUACUGUUCCGCACUUUCUGCCUUUGACCGCAUGGGCUGCCAAGGCUCCAGAGGUCAGGAAUACCCUUGUCGUAGACGAGUCAAACAGGCAGAAGGCGCGGCUCUCCUGGUAUCAUCCCGAUGAUACGAUGGUGCCGCGCAACUGGUUCAGAGGAGGGCUCUUGCAAGAUAUCAUGUACUACCGACCGUUCAUGCCAAAAAAGGAGUGA